AUGUUUUCCCACAUCUCCUUCGACUGUGUCCUGCUACUGCUGCUGCUGCUACUUCCAAAAUCCUUGGAAGAGGUGUACACUGUCGAGGUGGGUCAGGAUGCUAUUUUGCCCUGCCACUACUCUCCGACCUCCUCAGUGAAAAAUGUGCCUGUGUGCUGGGGCCACAGUUUCUGUCCAGUAUCACACUGUCACGAAACAGUGCUCACCACUGAUGGAAGUCACGUGAACCAACGAGUAUCCAGCAGAUACAAGCUAAAGGGAUCAAUACAGAAAGGAGAUGUGUCCCUGACCAUCGAAAAGGUGACUUCAGCAGACAGUGGGACUUACUGCUGCCGGGUUGAAUUCCCAGGCCUGUUUAAUGAUAAAAAAGUAGACCUGGAGUUGGUCAUCAUACCAGCCAAGGUCACCACUGCUUGGACCCUGAGGAAGAACCUCACCACAAUCUUUCCCCAGAUGUUUACCACCAAGGGUCACAGCUCAGCUGAAACAUGGACAUGGGAGACGUUCCAUAAUGGUAAUCAAACAAAAAAUUCCACAUUGGCUAAUGAGAUAAAAGACUAUAUGACGAGCACAAGAAUUGCUGUCUACACUGCAGCAGGGAUAUCAGCAGGCCUGGCUAUGUUUUUCAUCAUUGCUGCUUUAAUUCUCAAAUGGUAUUCUUACAAGAAAGACACAGUACCUAACUCAAGCCUCAUCUCUAUGGCCAACACUCCUCCCUCCGGCUUUGCAAAUGCAGCAAGGAUGCACUCAGAGGAAAAUAUCUACAUCAUUGAAGAGAAUAUUUAUGAACUGGAGGAUUCGAAUCAGUAUUACUGCUCCAUCAGAGAAGAACAGCAGCCCUGA